UGAUCUAGUACCACGUUUUCCACUUUGUCAUAUUAACUGGUGUAUGAUAUUCCUCGUCUUAACGAUCAAGUGCGUAGAAUCAGUCAAGGUGUGGAGUUUACCGCUAAUUAUCUCAAAACAAUUUGAUAUAAACAUUAAAACGCACCCACGCUGUUGAGGCUUGUAUAUAUAAGUAUAUACAAGUAAAAGCAACAUUUUCGUCUGCAUCGGGCGUCGUUGUGCUCGUUGUCUGCAGUGUCUGCACGGCAUUCUUCUUGUCGGCGUUGCACACUGACAGUUUUUUUACUUGUAACAAAUCAACAAAAUACAACCCUUUUGUAAUAACCCGAUCACUACAGGAAAUGUUAGUCGGUAUAGGUGUACGUGUACAUACUUAUGUUGCUCAUCGCAAAUCGCAAUGGAUUUUUAAAUGAUGACGUGAACGUGAAGUGUACUCGAUUAAAUUCCAGUUCUCGUGCCAAUAUAGUCACGUACUGUUUAUAUGCUGCAUAUACUCCCCAUCGCGACGUCAUUGUUUAUUGACACUGUAGUUCAGUGGAUAUUUGCGCCAGGACGCGGUCAUGGCUACUGACAAAGUGACAUUAUCCGACGCCCUGUCCAACGUGGACGUCCUUGACGAGUUCAAUUUGCCCUACGAGCAGCCCUGCAUCGAGGCACAGCCUUGCUCUGUCGUCUAUCAGGUUAAUUUUGACACCAACUUCGAGGACAGAAAUGGAUUUGUCACUGGCAUUGCCAAGUACAUCGAGGAAGCUACUGUUCAUGCAAGUCUUAACGAAUUGCUGGAAGAGGGUCUGGAGCAUGCAGUUAUGCUCUAUACAUGGAGGUGUUGCUCCAGAGCUAUACCACAGCCAAAGUCCAAUGAGCAGCCCAACAGGGUUGAAAUAUAUGAAAAAACUGUUGAGGUGCUAGCACCAGAAGUUAAUAAAUUACUUAACUUUAUGUAUUUUCAAAGAAAAGCAAUUGAAAGAUUUUCAGCAGAGGUUAAAAGACUUUGUCAUCAGGAAAAAAGAAAAGACUUUGUUUCAGAAGCAUAUCUAUUGACACUGGGUAAAUUUAUUAACAUGUUUGCAGUAUUAGAUGAACUGAAAAAUAUGAAAUCUAGUGUGAAAAACGAUUAUUCUACUUAUAGGAGGGCUGCCCAAUUUUUAAAAGUCAUGUCUGAUUCUCAAACUCUCCAAGAAUCUCAAAAUUUAUCAAUGUUUCUGGCUACUCAGAAUAAAAUUAGGGAUACCGUGAAAGAAAAUUUGGAAAAAAUUCAAGGCUACGAAGAGUUGUUGGCUGAUGUUGUAAACAUUUGUGUUCAUAUGUAUGAGACUAAAAUGUAUCUGACGCCUAAUGAGAAGCACAUGUUGGUGAAAGUGAUGGGAUUUGGUCUUUUUCUGAUGGACAGCGAAUUGUGCAAUAUUAACAAGCUAGAUCAGAAGAAGAAGGUAAAGUUAGAUAGAAUUGAUAGAAUUUUCAAGAACUUGGAAGUCGUGCCACUUUUUGGUGACAUGCAAAUUGCCCCGUUUAAUUAUAUCAAAAGAUCAAAGCACUUUGAUGCUUCCAAGUGGCCGUUAUCCUCUUCUAUCACUAGCAUGAGUCCUCAGGCAGAUUUGAUGGUACAUUUACCACAAAUCCGCGAGGAUCACGUUAAGUACAUCAGUGAAUUGGCUAGGUACAGCAACGAGGUUACCACAACUUAUAAAGAUUGUGGCAGUGAUACUGAGAAUAGAGAAACUGCUGAAUUGGCUCUGCGUGGUCUUCAGUUAUUAUCCCAAUGGACAAGUGUUGUUACAGAAUUGUAUAGCUGGAAAUUAUUGCAUCCAACCGACCAUCACAUGAACAAGGAAUGUCCACAAGAAGCUGAGGAAUAUGAGAGGGCUACUCGGUAUAACUACACUGAUGAAGAAAAGUUUGCCUUAAUUGAAGUGAUAGCUAUGAUUAAGGGUCUUCAAGUUUUGAUGGCUCGUAUGGAGACUGUUUUCGUUGAUGCAAUUCGUCGGAAUAUUUAUGCUGAACUGCAAGAUUUUGUACAGUUAGCAUUGAGGGAACCUUUAAGAAAAGCUAUCAAGAACAAAAAAGAUUUAAUCAGAAGUAUUAUUGUUUCGGUGAGAGAAACGUGUGCUGAUUGGCAUUUUGGAGUGGAGCCCACACUUGAUCCUGCAUUGAAAGGAAAGAAAGAUCCAGAUAAUGGAUUUGGUAUUAAAGUGCCAAGAAGAAAAGUCGGGCCAUCCUCAACUCAACUUUAUAUGGUGCGUACCAUGCUUGAAUCAUUGAUUGCUGAUAAAAGUGGUGGUAAACGAACGCUAAGAAAAGACAUCGAUGGCCAAUAUCUUGUUCAAAUCGAUCAAUUUCAUAAAACCAGUUUCUAUUGGAGUUACCUUCUAAAUUUCAGUGAAUCUUUGCAAAACUGCUGUGAUUUGUCACAACUGUGGUACAGAGAAUUCUACCUUGAGAUGACUAUGGGCCGCAAAAUACAGAAAUGCCAAGUGCGACACCAGCACAAUGAGGAAUGCAGCGAUUUGAUCACCAUGGAAAAACGCAUUCAGUUUCCGAUUGAAAUGUCAAUGCCUUGGAUUCUAACAGAUCACAUUUUAAGAAGCAAAGAGCCAUCAAUGAUGGAAUACGUCCUUUACCCAUUGGAUCUGUACAACGACAGUGCGCUAUACGCCCUAACGAUAUUCCGCAAGCAAUUUCUGUACGACGAGGUCGAGGCUGAGGUAAAUCUCUGUUUCGAUCAAUUCGUCUACAAGCUGAGCGAACAGAUAUUUGCCCACUACAAGCAGCUGGCAGCCAGUAUUUUGCUGGACAAGCGAUUCCGAGUCGAGUGCUUAGCGGCCGGCGCCUACAUUCUCUCAUAUCCGCGUGCCAAUCGAUAUGAAACGCUUUUAAAACAGAGGCACGUACAGUUACUCGGGCGCAGUAUUGAUUUAAACAAACUGAUUACGCAGCGGAUUAAUGCCGAUAUGCAGAAAUCGCUAGAUUUGGCCAUCAGCAAGUUCGAGUCGGGAGAUAUAACUGGUGUUAUUGAACUCGAAGGAUUGCUACAAGUUAAUCGUUUGACGCAUAAAUUAUUAAGCAAAUGGCUCGCACUCGACGAGUAUGAUUCUAUGUUUAGAGAAGCAAAUCACAAUGUCUUAGCGCCGUACGGUCGCAUUACGCUGCACGUCUUUUGGGAGUUGAAUUAUGACUUCUUGCCUAAUUACUGUUACAAUGCUGCUACAAACAGGUUUGUAAAGUGCCGAGGUUUGCAAUUUGUACAACCGGUUCACCGCGAUAAACCACCACAAAUGUCCCAUCACUACCACUGGGGUAGCAAACAAUUAAAUUUGGCCUAUAACACGCAGUACGGCCAAUACACGGGCUUUGUUGGUCCGCAACACUUCCGCACUAUGUGCAAACUUCUCGGCUAUCAGGGAAUAGCAGUGGUGAUGGAGGAACUACUGAAAAUCGUCAAGUCCUUGAUCCAAGGCAGCCUCCUACAGUUCACCAAAACUUUGAUGGAGGCAAUGCCAAAGGUGUGCAAGCUUCCACGUUACGACUACGGCUCUCCUGGCGUCUUGGGCUACUAUCAUGCUCAGCUCAAUGACAUCGUUCAGUAUCCAGACGCCAAAACCGAGUUGUUCCACAAUUUCCGUGAAUUCGGCAAUAUCAUUCUAUUUUGCCUACUGAUGGAGCAGGCUCUCUCUCAAGAAGAAGUCUGCGAUCUUUUGCACGCGGCGCCCUUCCAAAACAUCCUACCGCGACCUUACUGCAAAGAGGGAGAAAAGCCAGAGACCAAACAGAAGAGACUGGAGGCCAAGUAUGCUGCGCUUCAAAUUGUACCUAACGUUGAUAAACUUGGAACAGCUAAACAAGCCAUGAUAGCCAGAGAAGGAGAUUUGUUAACUCGUGAGAGGCUCUGCUGUGGCUUGUCUAUUUUUGAAGUCGUACUUAGCAGAUUGCGUAGCUUUCUAGAUGACCCAAUUUGGGUGGGACCACCACCAGCUAAUGGUGUUAUAAACAUUGAUGAAUGUACUGAAUUUCAUAGACUGUGGAGCGCCCUCCAGUUUGUUUAUUGCAUUCCAGUUGGAGAGACUGAAUUUACUGUAGAAGAAUUAUUUGGUGAAGGAUUACACUGGGCCGGGUGUGCAAUGAUUGUUCUUCUUGGUCAACAGCGACGAUUUGAGACUCUAGACUUUUGUUAUCACAUUUUACGAGUACAACGAGUUGAUGGAAAGGAUGAGAACGUCAAGGGAAUUCGGUUUGAUGGGAAAGAUCAUAACAGCAAAGGAAUUCACUUGAAGCGCAUGGUGGACAGAAUCAGGCGCUUUCAGGUUCUGAACUCGCAAAUCUUCGCCGUGUUGAACAAGUACCUGAAGAGCGGCGACGGUGAUGCUUCGAGCGUCGAGCACGUAAGAUGUUUUCCACCACCGAUUCACCCAUCGUUGGCCCACAUACAACAACAUUAUCACACACCCGAGUAUAUGAGACAAAUGAAUCAACAGUAAAAUAAAAACAAAUAACAAUCGCCAACACCGGACCACGAAGAAUUCUUCCUGAGUUAGUGCAAAUGAAAGUGGCACUUGUUUUUCUGGAGGAUGCGUUUUAUAACUUAUAUCAUAAAUAACUGAGUUAUUGUCUCUAUGACUUUAUUUAUGCAUAAAUUUUACACCUUACGUCUUAUAAUGUGCACAAUUAAUUUUUACGUAAAUUACUAGAUUUUAACACAAAAGUAUUAAAAUAGUGUCUUUUAUGAAUCGUUUAUGGUUGAAAGAUUAAGUUUACGUUUAACAACUUGUCCCUCAAUCAAAAAAUGUCUUAAAUUUAUGUUUACAACUGUAGUGAUGUUACUACUAUCAAGGCUUCAGUAGCUUAUUACCGAGGCCAGAAUCGAUAAACAUUUAUCGUUUCUUGAACUGUUUUUCAGUUUUUUUGUGCAAGUGUUUGAAUCAAUUCGAGAAAUGGAAAGAAAAAAAGACUACUAGCUAAAUCUGCUUUUGGCAUAUUGAUUGAAAUUAUUUUCUAAUAUGUAUAUUAUUAAUCGAAUUUGUUAUAUUUUGUUUUUGGAUGUCGAGAUAAGUGUCAUUCAACAGACCAAUCGCUUUUAUACAUUAAUAACAAUCAAAAUAAAUGCAAGGAAGAAUAAGACAUGUUGGCAUAUUUAAAUUCAUUCUUUGAAUAAUCAUAUUUGUUCAAUAAAAUGCUUGAAAAUUUAAUUUAUUCUUCAAUGCAUCCUAUAAUAAACAAUACAGUUAAAUCUUUGCUUGUGUACGCCAACUGGUUCCACUUCCUAUUCUUCCUUCUUUUAAAUCAGAUGAAAUAAGUACUAAGAAGUAUUACCUCAAAUCAAAAAUGGGAAUUCAAAUUUUUUUUAAUGAGAAAUAAUUGUUAAGUAAUUAAAAACUGUAAAUACAUUUAUAAAACUUCCAGCAUUAAACGUUUUUAAUAUCUUGGA